AUCAAUCUAAACAAACAAACAAUCACCAGUUUCCAAAUUCCCAAUCCAUUCAAUGGCACCAAAGGGAGAGAAGAAACCUGCAGAGGAGAAGAAAUCCACCGUCGCCGAGAAAGCUCCGGCAGAGAAGAAGCCAAAGGCCGGAAAGAAGCUUCCAAAGGAAAGCGGUUCAGCCUCUGGAGAGAAGAAGAAGAAGAGAAACAAGAAGAGCGUUGAAACCUACAAGAUCUACAUCUUCAAGGUUCUGAAACAAGUUCACCCUGACAUUGGUAUCUCAAGCAAAGCCAUGGGUAUUAUGAACAGUUUCAUCAAUGAUAUCUUCGAGAAGCUCGCUCAAGAAUCUUCCAGACUUGCAAGGUAUAACAAGAAGCCGACGAUAACUUCGAGGGAAAUUCAGACUGCUGUUAGGCUUGUUCUUCCUGGAGAAUUGGCUAAGCAUGCUGUGUCUGAGGGUACCAAAGCUGUAACGAAGUUUACAAGUUCUUAGAUGUUUUAAUUAUUAAUGAUUAGUGUGAUCUUUUCUAUCUAUUAACAAUUCUUCAAGCAAGAAUAGCUUGUUGGAUUGGAAUUUGGACCCUAUGUUAAACUAGUACUUGGGAAGGAGUAAAAUCAUUCAGUAAGAAGAUGUAACUCAUAAUUGAAUAACUCAAAAGUAAGAGGGUACAAAGAGA